UUAAAUACAAAUGCUAUAAAAUGCCUUUAAGUGAUAUUUAUCGAAAGUAGAAGAGGAACAUAAUUGUAUAUCGUUUACAGCUGCGCAGCUGUCUCAUUACUCAGUAUGAAGGACAUUGAAACCAUGCACAAUGCUGUAUAAAAAAUGCGCAGAGCUAAACAAAGCAAUGUCAUAUAGUGCGUUAAUUGUUAACAUAUUCUAAUUUGUAGGUUAUGGGAUACGUUAGAACAAACACGUACGCAUAAAAUCGUAUUAUUUAAUUAUGGUUCAUGCUGAAUUGUUACAUUUGUUAUGUGAAUAUCUAUUGGAUACAAAUAUUAAGACAUGCUUUUAAGUCAUACUCAUAGAAAGAAGAAGACGAGCAUUAUUUGAAAGUGUAAUUCGCUCAUAAGUUAUAUAAAAGUUCCAUUACAGGAAAUAAAUUAUUAAUAAUCGAUUCCGAUUUUUCCUCAGUAAAGUAUUGUUAACAAUGAAUGACCAGUUGUACUAUUUUUACAUGAAAUCUUGUGUGAUCACUUUUUACACGAUGAGAGAGGACUCCUUUGGAUACCAAUUAUAACUAGAAUUGUCAUUGUCUUGCCCACAAUACCCCCACCCAACCCGAUCCGCUUGUCGCUAGAGGAAAUUUUCUGUUCAGUUUUGAGAAGUUCAAGUACCUCGUAUAGUUUGCCCCAUUAAAAUGUGUAUGUAAAAGAUUAACACAUGACAAUAAUUUUCAAUUUAUGGAAGCUACAGAUAUGGUCCUUGUGCACUACAUAUCUCGUCAUGAGAUCUGGAUACUAAAAUGAAAAAUUAUCAAAGGGCUAUAACUCUCAAAUAUGAAACCAAUAGUUGUAUUUUACAUGCAAUUCACAUCCUCAUAAUUAAAACUUCAUGCUUAUCAAAUCUCAAGGCGAAAACUCUUUUAAUUUCAAGUUAGGCUCCGGAAAGCGAAUUUAUUCUGUAAUCAUAUAGAUUCCGUAAUUACUUUACGCACAGUGACAGAAAGAAAGGUAUAUAAACUGUCCGGAUAACUUGCAUCACGAAUGCGUUACUUUUUUUUACUUUCCUUUCCCAAAAUUAAGUGUUAUCUUUUACUUAAAUUGUAUUUUCUGUCUCAUCUUUCUUAGUAUGUGAAGUAGAAACAUCGAAAAACAUAAAGUGCAAUAUACACGGAAGUACGUAUCGGAUGUGAAUAAUCUUAUUCAAUAGCAUGAGUUUCGUAUCUUUUUAAGUCAGACGGAUGUAUCAGUUUAGAAAUUGCCCCUUUAUAGGGUCAAGUGCAACACGAUGUUAUUUCGCACAGUCGAACAUUCAUGUGCGUUCAAACAAUUCGCAUUAAAAGGAGCGGUUCUACUAUUAAUACAAUUUAUACAUGAAAUUUAAGUAGUCAACGUCGUUUCUUGAAUAACUAAGGCUGAUGGAUGAUAUCAGGACUAAAAAAGUCGAAAGUUUAAAUAUGUGCGAUAUAUGUGGCACAUAUAGUGAUGAGACUUUUUACUGUGUGGAAUGCUCCCAGCCGCUGUGCAAGAAUUGCGUGCCGCUUCAUAAUAAUUUUAGACUCUUAAAAGGCCAUAACAUUAACAUUCAAGCGGUAAGAUGUGAGGAUACGGUUAAGCAUGAUUACGUAAAUAUCUUAGCAUCGAAUAACCACAAAACUUCGGAUAACAGUACGCCUGUUGUCGUUCACACGGACAAAGAAGCGAGUAUUUACACUGGCUAUGAUGAUGUUGCGAACAGGUCGGAGAAAACAGUUGUCAAAUGUGUCGACGUUACAGCCAAUAUUGUUCUCAAAAGCACUGAACGAGCAGCUCCAGACAACUUCAAUCAGGCCGACUGGACGGAUGGUUGCUGGAAACCUUUGUUUGUCGAUACUCAUCACAGCGUUCUCGAUUAUAACGACGUAAAAAAAUCACCGUCUCUUAGUUUCAUGCCAAAAAAUCUUGACGCGUUAAAGCGUCCUUUCUUUAGCAGUGCGCCAGAUAUAUCUGCUUGCGGUCGAACGGAUAUGCCUCCGCCCAAAGUAUGCAGAGACUCAUAUGAGGAUACAAGUGAUGUGGUCUAUAUUUACUCUUCUUUUAAUGAAGUAAGUGACCUUGCAAAAGAAGAACAAAUGAAAUCUUUAAAUGUCAAUGGCACUGUUUCCGCAUGUGCUGAUGUCAGAGGGGACUUGCUUGACUUGUCAAGGAAACAUGGUAGUUGUGGAGACGUUAAUGUGACAAAUUUUCACACUUAUGUUAAUGAUCCAAAUCACCCCAUCUGUAGGUUAAUAAGAAAAUUGCCUGAACUUCCAAAUACCGGAUCUUCUAAGUUAAGUAAUAUCUAUGAUUAUGUUGACAAGCCAAGUACAAGUUUAAGUAAAUCAGAUGCAGGAAUAAAUCGUCGCAGACAGUUGUCGGAACCAUUAUUAAACGAAACCACACAUUUUAACCAUGCAAAUGGUCAUGUUAACGUAACCAAUGGUGCGAAAACUGAAUCAGUCACCACGAAAAGCACUCUGGGAAUUCGACCGCCCGACCUAACGGAUAUUGGAAUAUCACCUAGACGUAUGCACCAGAACAAAAGAGGCGAGGCACGAACUCCAGAAGAACCACGUAAAUUACAAACGGUUUCAGGUGAUCACUUUCAUGUCCAAAUUGAGAACACUCCUCUCGCAUCAAAAAGCAAAAUAGUGGGAGAACGGAUGUUGGUGCUGGAAGAAGGACAGAUAAGAAUACUGGACAAAGAUACAAAAUUGUGUAUAGCGACAUUCCUUUUACCUUGGAUACGAAAAGUUAGUUGUCAUGGUGAUAACUUAAGCGUUAAAUUGGGAAAGAAAAGCGCAUUUGGAAAAGGAAUCAUUCGAAUUCGAAAUCAUCCCUACGUCAUUGAGGAAAUAUUAGGAUUAGUUCGUGGUUAUUGCAAACAUAAAUGUUCCUUUUCCUAAGCCUGACGUAUCUAAAAAAUUAUACGAUGUGACGAAUGUACGCGUUCAAUUCGUUAUUCAAUUUGCAAUGGCAUUGUUUUUAAUUAAUCUUUGUCGUUCUUAUGACUAAGUGACAACCCAUUCUACGGUUAUUUUGCAAUAGACAUGUUCAAUAUAUUGUUUAACUCUUUUCCUAAGCCUGACGUAUCUAAAAAAUGAUAUGAUGUGACGAAUGCACGCGUUCAAUUCGUGAUUCAAUUUGCAAUGGCAUUGUUUUUAAUUAAUCUUUGUCGUUCUUAUGACUAAGUGACAACCCAUUCCACGGUUAUUUUGCAAUGGACAUGUUCAAUAUAUUGUUUAACUAUUUAAUCAUGUAUUGACUAGAAUGUAUCUAGUGUUUUAAAUGUUCGACUGAACUGAUUUUCUGUAACAUACUUAUAUGACCUAUAAAUUAAACUUACCAAAAGAUUAAAAUUAAACUUACAAAAAUAUAACAUUUCCUGUAUAUAUACAUGUAUAACAAGUAACUUGAUAGCUGUUACUAUAUUAACGGUGGGCAUCGGCGGACUUAACGUUUGUCUAGGAAACCAACGGUCCUAUUCAAGUAUGAAGUAGCUGAUAUUGUUAUAGUAAUGUAAAGAGUCGCCGAACAGCAUGGGUGGUUUUGAUAAUGUUAUUGUUUUGUUUCGUUGAAUACACAGCGAGUGUCUUGGUUUCCGUUAUUUAUUUUGUGUCCAUAAAAUGUAUCGCUUGAUCUCGUAGUACAGCAUGCGCAGAUGGGAAACUGUUAAAGCUUUAUUAACAAAUAAACCAUUGUAUUUCGUG